UAUUAAUUAUUUGAGUUGCGAAGGGACGACGAAGUAUAAAUUCGUGAGAGGUUCACCCUCUUCGCCUCCUACUGCUUUAAGAUGCGCCUCGCGCGGUUAAUUGGAACCCUCUCUCCUCGUCAUCCUCCUCCUCGCCCCCUCCCCUUCUCCACCACCUCCUCCUCCUCCUCGUCCGUGGCCUCCGACGCCCCCGCUCGGGUCCUCGGAGUCGGCGGCGUCCUCCGCGGCGAGCCUCGGCGGUUCUCCGGCGCGGACGUGGCCGCGUACGCGGCGGUGAGCGGCGACCGCAACCCCCUCCACCUCGACGCCGAGUUCGCGCGGGGUGUCGCCGGGUUCGAGCGCGGGAGCGUCGUCCACGGCAUGCUCGUCGCCUCCCUCUUCCCCUCCCUCAUCGCCUCCCACUUCCCUGGAGCGAUAUAUGUUGCUCAGACUCUAAGCUUCAGACAACCGGUCUAUGUUGGAGACGAAGUCGUCGCUGAAGUUCAAGCAAUAUAUUUGAAGGAAAGCAAGAAAAGAUACAUUGCGAAGUUUACAACGAAAUGCUUCACGAAUCAGGAAUGUCUUGUAAUCGAUGGCGAGGCGACAACCCUUUUACCAACACUCGUGCUUAACAAGUGACAAGUUUGUGGCCAUAUCCUCGAUUUCAUUUUUGCUGCUUCUUUUUAUCCCCCUUUAGUUCCGUUUACUAGAGUUUUGACAGAAGAAGACACUGUCAUGCUGCGACCAAGAUUCCGACAGAGGAACAGAAGCUGUUCAUUGAUUCCUAUCUUUUCAGAAGAAACUGUGCAAUGGAUAUAAUCUUAUUAGUGUUGUUGUUUGUCUGAAAUAAAGAGGAAGAGCGGUAUCUUCCAAUCUUUUGGGGAA